AAUGACCAAUAACCUAUUUAGCUAAAAAGUAAAGAAGAAGAGAAAUGAGUAUAACAAAUUGGAGCAUUAUGCAAAUUUCAAUCCUUUAGAAUUUGAUGGAUUUUCUUUCUUCUUUGCACUUUUCUUGGAGAAUUGCUUGAUCUAGACGCUUCAAUUUUGAAGAAUUGAAUGGGGGAAGCAGCCGAAUAUUUCUCCAAAGACUUCCAAUGGGAUGAUCUUCGAAUUCGGGUCGAGAACGACCCGAAUUUGCAAUACCAUUUGCUUCCAUUUGAGCCCUCCAAUUCCAUUCCGUCAGUUUCUCCAGAAGCCGAUUCAAACGCAUGGAGUCGCUUUCACCUCCGUCAUUCCUCCGGAAAAUUCUUCAAGGAAAGGCGGUAUUUGUUGAAGGAAUUUCCUGAACUAGUUUCUUGUAAGAAGUAUUGUAAAGUUUUGGAGGUGGGUUGUGGUAAUGGAAGCACCGUUAUUCCAAUCUUGCGUGGGAACGAGAACAUCAUCAUCUAUGCUUGUGAUUGUAGCACGGAAACUCUUGAGAGAGCUAAAGGCAUUUUAAAUGAUGCUGGCUUUGCAUCUCUAAAAGAUCGAUUCCGUCCAUUCUAUUGUGACUUUUCCAUUAGUAAGUUUCCAACAUGGUUGGCCUGCAAUUCAUGCCGUGGAAACACUUUCCAACAGCAGCGUGGUUUUACUACUCCAGAGAAUGAUGGAUCUCCGGCCACUGGUUCACUUGCAUUAGAAGAACGUGGAUGUUGCAUUGGUGGGGUUGAUUUUAUUACUUUGAUAUUUACAUUAUCAGCAGUGCCUCUCCAGAGGAUGCCAGCAUCAAUCAGAGAAUGCUUUAUGGUUUUGAAGCCUGGAGGCCUGCUCUUAUUUCGGGAUUAUGGUCUAUAUGAUAUGACAAUGCUUCGAUUUGCGCAAGAUCAAAGAGUUGGAUUCAGGGAGUAUGUCAGAUUAGAUGGAACACGUUCUUAUUUCUUCUGCUUAAAUACCUUGAGAGAUCUUUUUGCCAAUGCAGGCUUUGUUGAGCUCGAGCUGGAAUAUUGUUGUGUGAAGUCCUCAAAUCGCCGAAAUGGAAAGACAAUGGAGAGGGUGUGGGUUCAUGGAAAAUUCCAGAAGCCUGUCUAAUGAAUCAAACAAGAGACACAGAGCAACAUUUGGCAUUUGGAUUAUAAAUUUUCCUUAAAAGGUUGAAGAGGAUGGAUUAGUAACUCUUCAGGGUGUGUCAUGAGCGUACUGUGGGGGCCAGAUCUACUUCAAAACUUUGGUUGUACAAGAAAAUGAACAAAGAACUUCGAUUCAUCUUGAAUUUGGAUGAACUUUGAGGACUUUUCUCUCUCUCUUAUAAUUAGAGGAGUUUAAUGAUGUUCCCUGGGUUAUGUUAGAAAAUUGGAAGUGUUACAAUUGGCAUUGGUAGUGAAAGUUCUGUUCGUG